AGUCCAUUCAUCCAUCCACCUAUCGGACAAUUUGCUAACUGUACAUAUGAUUGGUAAUUAUUUACACAUUACCAUAAAAACCUUGACAUUUAAUUAAAGAGAAACUGAAAUAUCAAGAAAAUGGAUGUCAAAGACGAUGGAGUUCUUAGACCUGUCGCAGAAAAGUUGGGUGUGCCAACUGAUAUGUUGAUAUUUUUCGGUGGAGAAGCAUUCUGUUUAGUAUGUGCCAUAUUGUAUUACAAGUAUCUUCCACCGUCCAAGGUGGGGGUCACUGUGAGACACAUUGUUGCCAUGACGAUUGGAGUAUCAGUUGGCUUUUUCAGUUUCGGAAUGCAGUUCAACCAUGUUGUAGCCCAGUCUGUUCUAUGUUAUAUAGCCAUGAUGUUACUUCCACAGUCAGUCAUGCAUAUAGGUGUGUUUGGUUUGGCGCUGACAUAUCUAGUGACAUUACAUCUAUACCGGGCAUUUAUGAUACCGGAGGAUAUAUUAUACAGUAUAGAUGUAUCAGGGCCACUAAUGAUAGUCACUGAGAAGAUCAGCAGCCUAGCAUGCAGUAUUUAUGAUGGUCGUCAGGGUAACAAGGAUAAGCUCUCAGAUCUACAAAAAAGAUAUAUGAUCAGCAAGCCACCAUCAGCAUUGGAGUACUUCAGCUAUCUAUUCUACUUUCAAGGUGUAGUUGUUGGACCCCUGAGUUUCUACAAAGAUUAUAUUGCUUACGUAGAUGGAACAGACAUAAGUAAGAGACCUGAGGAAAAUGGUGUGCAAAAUAACAAUGUAUAUUCUGGGAGCAACAAGUUUUCUCCAUUUUAUGCCGUUACCUAUAAGCUGUCUGUUGCUUUGUUUUGGAUGGGUUUCCAUUUUACAAUGAAACCUAUAUUUCCUGAAAUACUCAAUUGUGAUCCUGAAUUUAUAAGAAACAACAGUUUUCUGUAUCGUUUCUGGUAUAUGAUAUUCUCAAUGCUGUGUUGUCGAGCCAAAUAUUAUGUAGCCUUUUCUCUUGGUGAUGCUAUUUGUAAUGCAUCGGGCUUUGGAUUCAAUGGUUAUGACUGUAAAGGUCAGCCAAAGUGGAACCUGGUCACCAAUGUAAAUGUUCUAGGAAUAGAGGGAGCAACAAGUCCCAAAAUGUACCUAGAUAACUGGAACAUUCAGACUGCUGUCUGGCUCAGGCUCGUUUGUUAUGAUAGAAUUCCUGUGAUGAAAAAAUUUGCCACAUUUUUUCUCAGUGCCAUGUGGCAUGGCUGUUACCCUGGUUACUAUUUCACAUUCAUAUUUGCUAAUUUUGUGUCGGAAUCAGCAAGAAAUGCACGUAAAAAAAUAAGGCCAUACUUUCAAAGAACAAGAAAUCUACAGGUAUUCUAUGAUGUACUGACGUGGUUAUGCACACAUAUUGUUAUCUCGUAUUUAGUUGUGCCAUUUACGAUACUCCAUCUUGGACAGACAUUGACCUUCUAUACAUAUAACAUGUAUGGUUGCCUGCAUGUUGUGGUGUUUGCAAGUUUCUUCAUUCUGCCAUUCAUUCCAGCAGCUCAGUCUGACAACAAGAAUAUGUCCUUGAAAAGUAAUGGUACUAAUUCUAGACAUACUGUUGAGUGCAACAACCAUCUUCCAGAUGGAACCGCUAAUAAAUCGGCAAAAUCAAAUGGCAUAAAAAUGGACUGAAUGAAGAGUUUUAUUGUUUUAUUUUAGUUAUUUUAUUUUAUUAAUGCUUAAAAUUUACGUAAUAUAAAAUCAUAUGUUUUCUGCAAAUUUUUUUUUUUUUUUUUUUUCAUUUUUGUAAAAUCAGUAAAUUUUUGCAAAGAGUGAUAUACAGUUAGUGAUACAAAAAUUAUCUCACUGAUAAACAUCUAGUGAGUGCUUGAUUAUCUUUGAACAUGAUUAACCCUAAUCCUGCUGAAUUUGUGAAAUGGCCAGCUUUGAAAUUGGAACAGUUCAUUAUACUUCUAAGGAAUUUCAAUAAUAAAAUAAUUUAGCUGCCAACAUUAUAGAUUUUUCUAGGGUGGCUUGGCUAUAUAUUUUUGGCAAAGGGCUAAACACUUUCAGUACCAGCCCAUGGGGUAGGGGAGUGGAGGGAAUGUGAUGUUAUUUUUGCUUAUUUUUAUGUCAUUUUAGCUAAUUUUAAGCACAUUUCUGACUAAGAGAUAUAAAAGUAAAACAAUUUAUUAUAUUUUCUAUUUUUGACGAUAAUACUUUGGGUUUUUUAGAUUUUAUUAUAAAUUAACAACAUAAUACUUGUUCAUUAUUUGCAAAGUAGAAAUUUAUAUUUUACCACCCAGGAAAUUACAUUUUUGAUGCAUUCCAAUUUUUAAGAAAUUUUUUAACAUAAUAUUGAAAAAAAAGACCAAAAAAAUAUAUAGAAAAAAAAUUUGUGAUAAUUUUAAGUUCAAGUUCAAUUUUAACUUUGUUUUAACAUAUCAUAGAUGUGACCUUUUGAUUUUCUGACAAAUGUUAAAGGUCAAAAGUUAAGAUUCAUCAUGAUGGACAUAUCUGCCUCCAGAUCAGCAUUAAAAUACAUGAAGAUAGCCCAUUAAUUUAGAGCAUACUCAUAGGUCAAAGGUCAUAAUAAUUGUUAAUGUUUAAAGGUCACAUUCUUCUUAAAUGUUGUUGUAUUUUGUAAUGAAAUAUAUAUCAUAUACAUAUUCCAUGAGCCUAUAAAUAGUUCCAAAUUUUAAUAAGAUUUACCUCACUUGCCAAAAGUGGCCGCUAAUUUGUGGGGUAAUAUUCUAUAUGCUGUAAUAUUGACAAAAUAUUAAAAAUUAGCUGAUUUUGUUGAAUUGUCAUUUUUUUUAUACAUAAGAUGGAAAAUUCUGUUAUAGCACCAGUAUAUAAAAGUUUUUUUUAUCAGUUUUCAAGAAGAUGAUAGAAUAAUCAGCAUUUUUUUAUCUUAUCUUUGGCAUAUGUCAAUAUGUCAUAUUUUGGAAUGACUGUCAAAAUGGCGGCCAUGGGAGGUAAUUAUUGUUAUGUGAAAUGCAUCUAUAGCAUGAUUUAUGGACAACAGAAAAACAAUUUACAGGAAAAGGUGACCUAGAUUCGACUUUAUGAACCUUUGGUUCCUUUUUUUUCUUGCACUGCUCAGAAUUUGCAUUUUUGUGUAUCAUGCAUGAUUUUCCGCCCUGUGUAACUGUCAGUUUUAUCGGCAGGAUACAGAGUGAGUUUAACAGAAUGGCAUGGUUACAUUGCAUCAUAGUUGCCAGUAUGUGUUUCUUUUUUAUUCAGAAAAUCAAACUUUUCAUUAAGAAUCAUGUUUUGGCAUAGUAUAAAAAUAAACUAUUGAUUAAAAUAUCUUAAAGUCAUUUAGAAUUAUGGAAUGAAAAUUAUUUCAUUGUGUUUUAUACAUUGCCAGUUAUCUAGUGUUUAUUUAAUUAAUUUGCUUGACUCUUUGUCUGCUAAUUGUCAGACAAUAACUUAAGGCUAUAUAAAAAACUUGAUAGCAGAUCAAAUGCUGAAUACCUCAGUGACUUGUCAGGUACCAAAUAUUGUGUAUCUUGGUCUUUUGUCACAUACUAAACCAAAUACUGCAUAGCCUAGCAUCCUAGCAGACCAUAAUGCCAAGGUCUUCAGCCUUUUGUCAGGUACCAAUGCUGAGUACCUCACUGUCUUAUUGGUUACCUGACCAAAAUGCUCAGUACCUUAGCAUCUUAUUGGCUGAGUACCUCACUGUCUUAUUGGGUACCAAACCAAAAUGCUGAGUACCUUAGCCUCUUAACAGGUAUCAGACCAAAAUGCUGAGUACUGAUUGACAAUCAAUGUUUAUUUCAUUUUGGAAAUAGUUGGAGAAAUACAGAAAUUAAGCAGAUGAUAUUUUAAGCAUGACAACACUGCUAAAUCGGCCAACACUUUGCUAAAGCAGACAACAAUUUUCCCAGCAUGCAAAGAAUUUAUAUGAG